UUUCCGCUUCCUGCACCUCGUCUGCUAGCUGGAGUAGUGAAGAUGGCGGCGGCCGAAUCGGAUCGCGAAGUACCGUCCGCUCUGUGUAACGCUAGCGAAUUCCUGGAUUUCUCUGCCAAGGACACCGCUUUGAAAUGGCUCCAAGUGACCGACCUCCCGAAGGAAGUCUACCAGCACCUGGCCUGUUAUGUGCCCAAAAUCUACUGCCUGGGGCCCAACCUGAACCCUCCAAGUGAGGACCUCCUGGCCCAGCUGCUCCUGCAGGCUCCCCUGGAGUGGUACCUGUGUGGGGAGGAUCCGUCCACCGGCCUGGCCAAGCUGGAGCAGAGCAACCAGCCCUCCCAGCUGUGCGGCCAUGUCUUCAAGGUGGGAGAGCCCACCUACUCCUGCAGGGAAUGUGCUGCUGACCCCACCUGUGUCCUCUGCAUGCAGUGCUUCUUGGGAAGUGUACACAAAGAGCACCGCUACAGGAUGACAACCUCUGGGGGAGGGGGCUUCUGUGACUGUGGAGAUACGGAGGCCUGGAAGAAGGGCCCUUACUGUCAGAAACACGAGCCCAACAUCAGCGACGCCUCGCAGGAGGACCCUCUGGCUCACCUGUCCGCUGACAUGAUCGCGCGCACCUACAACGUGUUCUCCAUCGUGCUGAAGUACGCUGUGGACAUGCUGACCUGGGAGAAGGAGGACGAGCUCCCGCCCGGCCUGGAGCCUCCGGAGCGAGGGGACACGUAUUACUGCAUGCUGUUUAACGACGAGGUGCACACCUACGAGCAGGUCAUCUACACCCUGCAGAAAGCCGUCAGCUGCACCCAGAAAGAGGCUGUGAGCUUCGCCACCACAGUGGACCGAGACGGUCGGAAAUCCGUGCGUUACGGGGACUUUCAGUUCUGUGAGCAAGCCAAGUCAGUUAUUGUGAGGAACACCAGUCGGCAGUCCAAACCCCUGCGUGUGCAGGUGAUGCACUCCUCGGUUGUGGCUCACCAGUGCUUCGCGCUCAAAGCUCUAGUCUGGCUGGGACACGUCAUCAGCUACUCAGACGCGCUGCGGAGGAUCCUGUGCCAGGUGGGCCUGCAGAAAGGCCCGGAAGGCGAGUACUCCUCGCUGGUGGACACCCUCAUGCUGUGCGACUCAAAGAUGUGGAAAGCCGCACGAAAUGUCUACCACCAACUCUUCAUGAGUAGCCUCCUCAUGGACCCAAAAUACAAGAAGCUCUUCGCCAUCCAGUUCGCAAAAAAUUACCGGCGCCUCCAGACAGAUUUUAUGGAGGAUGAUCACGAGCGUGUAGUGUCAGUGACCUCUCUGUCUGUCCAGCUCUUCACGGUCCCCACAGUGGCCCGGAUGCUGAUCGUGGAGGAGAACCUGAUGACCACCAUCAUCCGCACGUUCGUGGAUCACCUGCGGCACCGUGACCUGCAGGGCCGCUUCCAGUUCGAGCGCUACACCGCACAGCAAGCCUUCAAGUUCCGCCGCGUCCAGAGCCUCAUCGGGGACCUCAAGUAUGUCCUCAUCAGCCGGCCAUCAGAAUGGACUGAUAAACUCAGGGAGAAGUUUCUGGAAGGGUUGGACUCCUUUCUGGAGCUGCUGAAGUGCAUGCAGGGCAUGGACCCUGUGGUGCGGCAGGUGGGCCAGCACAUAGAGAUGGAGCCAGAGUGGGAGGCGGCCUUCACCCUGCAGAUGAAGCUCACACACAUCAUCUCCAUGAUGCAGGAGUGGUGUGCUACAGACGAGAAGGUUCUGGUAGAAUCCUAUAAGAAGUGCCUGACCGCGCUGACUCACUGCCACAGUGGCUUCACCGACGGCGAGCAGCCCAUCACACUGAGCAUGUGCGGACACUCGGUGGACACCAUCCGCUACUGCGUGUCCCAGGAGAAAGUCAGCAUCCACCUGCCCGUGUCCCGCCUGCUCGCAGGAUUGCAUGUUCUCCUCAGUAAGACCGAGGUUGCCUACAGAUUCCCCGAACAGCUGCCCCUGAGCGAGCUGAGCCCCCCCAUGUUGAUAGAGCACCCUCUGCGCUGCCUGGUCCUCUGUGCCCAGGUGCAUGCUGGGAUGUGGAGGAGAAAUGGCUUUUCAUUGGUCAAUCAGAUUUACUACUACCACAAUGUGAAGUGCAGGGUGGAGAUGUUCGAUAAGGACCUGAUCAUGCUGCAGGCCGGGGCCUCCAUGAUGGACCCCAACCACUUCCUGAUGAUCGUGCUCAGCCGCUUCGAGCUGUACCACAUCUUCAGCUCUGCAGACUGCAGGAAGAGAUACAACCGCGAGAACGCUAACAAGGACGUGGUGCAGCAGAAUAACACUCUGAUAGAGGAGAUGCUGCACCUGGUCAUGAUGGUCGUAGGCGAGCGCUUCUCCCCGGGCAUUGGGCAGGUUCAGGACUGCGAUGAGAUCAGGCGGGAGAUCACUCACCAGCUGUGCAUCAGGGCCAUGGCCCACAGUGAGCUGGUCAAAGCCCUGCCGGAGAACGAGAACAAGGAGACGGGGAUGGAGCGGGUGAUCGACUCCGUGGCCUCCUUCAAGAAGCCAGGCGUGACGGGCAGGGGUCUGUACGAGCUCCGGCCAGAGUGCGCCAAGCAGUUCAACCUCUACUUCUACCACUACUCCCGCGCCGACCAAUCAAAGGCAGAAGAGGCCCAGAGGAAAGUGAAGAGACAGAAUGGAGAAGACUCAGCUCUGCCCCCGCCCGUGUUGCCCCCGUUCUGCCCGCUCUUUGCCAGCCUGGUGAACGUGCUGCAGUGUGACGUGCUGCUCGGCAUGCUGGGAGCUGUGCUGCAGUGGGCCGUGGAGCCCAGCGGCGGGCACUGGUCUGAGUCCAUGCUGCAGAGGGUGCUGCACCUGAUGGGCAUGGCCCUCCUGGAGGAGCAGCAGCAGAUGGAGAGCAGCAGUGAAGACAACGACGUCACCUUCAACUUCACCCUGAAGAUCUCCCGACCCGGGGAAGCCCCCAGUAACACGCCCAGCAUCCUGGCCCUCCUGGAGACCCUGCAGAACGCCCCCCACCUGGAGGUGCACAAGGACAUGAUCCGCUGGAUCCUGCGGACGGUGUCCAGCAUUAAGACGCUGCGGAAGCGCACAGCCACCAGCCCGGUGUCAGAGAGCGGGGGCCAGAGUCAGGAAGAGACCCUGCGGGAUAAGGACAAGGCGGAGCGGAAGCGGAAAGCGGAGAUGGCUCGUCUGCGCAGGGAGAAGAUCAUGGCGCAGAUGUCGGAGAUGCAGAGACACUUCAUCAACGAGAACAAGGAGCUCUUCCAGCAGAGCCUGGAGGAGCUGGAGGCCUCUACCUCUACCUCUCUGGAACACAGCCCUACCUCUCCCGACGCGGCGCUGGUGUGUGUGGGUCCUCGCCGCACGCGCGUGUGUGAGAAGCGUCAGAUGGUGACCUGCAUCCUGUGUCAGGAGGAGCAGGAGGUCCGGGCGGACGGGCGUGCCAUGGUGCUGGCAGCCUUCGUCCAGCGCUCCACCGUCAUGGCCAAGAACCGCCGCAGACCGCCCCACGACCCGGAAAAGUACGACCCUCUCUUCAUGCACCCUGACCUGUCCUUUGGAACGCACACGGGCAGCUGUGGCCACAUCAUGCACUCUCACUGCUGGCAGAGGUACUUUGAGGCGGUGCAGGCUAAGGAGCAGAGGCGGCAGCAGCGUCUGCGUGUGCACACCAGUUACGACGUGGAGAACGGAGAGUUCCUCUGCCCCCUGUGCGAGUGCCUCAGCAAUACAGUCAUCCCCCUCCUGCCCCUGUCCAAGGGCCCCGCCAGCUGUGAGCAGCCUGGCCUGACUCAGUGGCUAAAGACCAUUGGCCAACAGGUCAAGGCCCUCCACUCUGCCCACAGAAAGCUCAAGCCAACCAGUGCAGGAGCUGUCGAUGACGCUGACCCUCUGGAAGACUGUGCUUCUCCAGAGGGCUUCAGACCUGACCAGACUCCUAAGAACCCUUACUCCGCCACGAUCAAGGAGAUGCUGACCACGUUCGGGACGGCGACCUACAAAGUUGGCCUUAAAGUGCACCCCAACGAGCAGGACCCCCGGGUCCCCAUCAUGUGCUGGGGCAGCUGUGCCUAUACCAUCCAAUCCAUCGAGCGACUGCUGGUGGACGAGGAGAAGCCUUUAUUCGGGAGCUUACCCUGCCGACAGGAGGACUGUCUGAGGUCGCUGGCCCGGUUUGGGUCGGCCUGCUGGACCGCCUCCUCUCUGCCCUCUGUGCAGGGCCACUUCAUCAGGCUGUUAGCAGCGCUGAUUCCAGACCCGCAGGUGGAGAGCUCUCCCAGUAUCCUGGAUGUGGACAUGUUCCACCUGCUGGUGGGUGUGGUGCUCUCGUACCGCUCGGUCCACUGCCAGGACUCCUCAGGGCUGAGUGUGGACGGCGCCCAGCUGCACCUGUUUCACCUGGUCACCGUGGCGCACAUCGUCCAGAUCCUGCUCACGUCUGUGCCAGUGGAAACGACUAUGGAGCAGGAGAGUGGGGGUGGAGAUGAUGAGGUAGAGGAGGGAGUUUGCCACCUCUAUAACCUUCUCAGGACUCACCUGGGCAGUGCCCUGCGUGAGGCGGGCUCAGGCUGGCACCUGUGGCUCUGUGUGAAGACGGGCAUCCUGCCGUACCUGAGGGCCUCCGCACUCUUCUUCCACCACCUCAACGGGGUGCCCCCUCCCCCAGAGCUGCACAUUGUGGGCCCGUGUCACUGGGAGCAGCUGUGUGGAUAUCUCUGCCUUCCCUCCAACCUGCUGCAGCUCUACCACAGCCACAGAGACCUGCUGGACCCUCUGCUGCAAUGGUGGUGCUCUCACUCAGGGGUGCGGGAGUGUCUCCAGGGCAGCGGACCUGUCGUGAGCUUUCCCCGGGAGUCGAACCGAUUGAUCGACCUUCCGGACGACUACAGCGCCCUCAUCAACCAGGCCUCGUGCUUCGCGUGCCCUAAGUCUGGGGGGGAGAAGUCUCGCGCCCCCACGCUGUGCCUGGUGUGCGGGGCCAUGCUCUGCUCCCAGAGCUACUGCUGCCAAACGGAGCUGGAGGGGGAGGACGUGGGAGCCUGCACCGGCCACACCUUCACCUGCGGGGCCGGGGUCGGCAUCUUCCUCAGGGUCAGAGAGAGCCAGGUGCUGUUCCUGGCUGGGAAAACGAAAGGCUGUUUCUACGCCCCUCCUUACCUGGACGACUACGGCGAGACAGACCAGGGCCUCAGACGGGGGAAUCCUCUGCACCUCUGUCGGGAGAGAUACAGAAAGAUCCAGAAGCUCUGGCGGCAGCACAGCAUCACAGAGGAGAUCGGCCACGCCCAGGAGGCCAACCAGACGCUGGUGGGCAUCGACUGGCAGCACUUGUGAUGUCACGCUGACCCUGCCCGAAGGCCACGCCCACCAGCCCAGGCCCAGGCCUGCGAUUGGACGAUCUUGCUCUCAGACCAGGGGUCACGCAGGCGGGACCAAGGUCCCAUUUUUGGCAGCGUGACCCUAGCUCCGUGCCCCUCUCCUGCUCUUUCUGAGAGGGGGUUAAUGCAUGUAGUUUACCUUUUCUUUGCGUUUCUCUUUGUUUCCUCAUUUAAGUAUAUAAAGCAUAUAGACAUGCGUUGAGCUGUGCGAGUGGCCAGCUCCAAUGCAACAUGAAAUACGCAGACGAGCCAUUUCAUUUCUGCUUCUUCAUUUCAUAUUCUCUUAAGUUAUUUCUAGGAUAGAUGGCUUAAGUGUUGAGUUAUUAAUCGCCGUUUUAAACGAAACGAUACUGGUGAUUUUGGGCAAGCACAAUUUUUUUCUCGGCGUGUGUGGAAGCCUGGUUUGGACGGAGACGGCGCUGCGAUGGCGCCCCCGUCAGGUCAGCCUGUGGCUCUGCACUUUGCAGGCGAGUGUUUUGUAUGUGGAGACUCCAGCUCGGGGGGGGAGGACUGUCCCCUCCCAGCACACACACUUACUGCACUUUAACACAGCGAGCCGCGUGUCUUUAAGGAACCCCAAAUACACCACCUUCAGCGAAAACAAGCCAAGGUACAGACUCCUGGAGGUAGGGGUGUGUGUGUCUGUGUGUCUGUCUGCGCGUGUGUGUGUGUGUGUGUGUGUGUGUCAGUGAGUGGACAUGGUUUGAACGUUUCGUUUCUACCUUCUCAAUGUGUGUCUGAUUUGACUUGUUUUCUGUAAGGUGUGUGAGUACCUGUGUGUUUGUAUGGUUGGGGAGAUUAGAGCAAUGCCCCCCCCCCCCUCCGGAACCGCUGAACUGCUCCCUCAUGUACAGCAUCCAUCUACUCUGAUAACGGACCGAAAGGGUCUGUAUCCAAGUCAUUUCCACGUGGGAUGUGUGUGUGCGCGCGUGCCUGUGUGUGCAUAUAUGUGUGUGUGUGUGUGUGUGUGUGUGUGUUUCCUGUAUGUAUUCCGUUUUCGGGCUUUUUGUGUUUUUGUAGUUUCUUUUUACGUUUCAUAACACUUGUUAUUUAAAUGAAUUCUUAUAUCCCGCACAGAACUGGGGGGUUUGGGGGGGGGGGGUUUGGACACAUGAGUUAAUAUUAAUUUAAUGUGCUUCUGUUUGUUUGCUUGUCGUUUUGUAUUUUUCAACGUGGACUUAGCUCGUAUGCUGGUUUCUGCACCAGGAAGCAGAGAAAUAUCGAAAUAUAUCCUAUUAUUUAGACAUUUUGGGGGGUUUUCAGUUUGUUUCCAUAGCGAUCAGUCCUCAGUGCUUCAAUUGGCUUCUUGCAGUAAUGUCACUGCUUUCAUACAAGGUCCCUUAUAUAUCCUUGGGUCCCUCAGACUGUGGGGUCAGUAUGCAGACACCCAGCCACGGUAACACAUUUCAUACAGAGAUGGCACAUUUUAUAUACACAUGCAUACACCCCACAGAUACCCCCCCCCAAACACACACACACACACACACACAACACACUCUCAUUUGUAACUAUAUCUGAAGGGAGUAUGUUCUCCAGUAAAUAUUUUCUCUCGGUAACAAAUCCCGCCCACCGACCUUUCUGAUAAGCUUCCAGUAUUGAGGAUACGUUAUCACCACAUGUAAUGAACAGACUUGUUAAUAUGUGAAUUCUUGUAUAAAUGGGUACAGUGUACUAUAUUGUAAAACAAAUAAAUAAAUAAAUGCAUUAAAAAGCAA